UCUCAUUCUCUCUCUAACAUUUUCUCUGGGAUUCAAUCUGGAUUUGGAAAUUAUGUCUAUCUUUGAGUGCUGAUUUUAUUUAGAUUUGUCCCUAUAAUCAACACCCGAUUUUUCCUUCUUUUUCUCUGUUUAGAAUUUUUUUUUUUGUCUUCAGGAUUUCUAAAUUUUCAUCAUUUUCUCACUUUUCUCUCUCUAGAAAUUUCAUCAUUUCGUUCCUUCCUUGCUCUCUAAGAUUUUUCCAUUCGUGAAAUUUCGUAAUAUAUUAUUUUCUCUCUGAAAUUGCAUAAUUCGGCUGUUUCUCUCUCUAAAAUUUCAUCAUUUGGUUCGUCUUCUUUUUCGAGCAAGUUGUUUUUGGGUUCAUGCAGGCCCGCAGAGAAGAAGAUCUAGGGUUUUGUGACUGCUUCAGGGUUGUGAUUUGCGAGUUUCACAAAUAUCAAAUUGGCCCCUAUGGAUGUGAUACUGUGUUUUGAUCUAUAAGGAUUAUUUCUAAUUGAUAUUAUCGAAAUGCUGAAGCAAAUUCUCAGUAGGUUGCCACGGAAGGCAUUGAAAGCCGAAUCCGGUGACUUGGUGCGAACCGACACCGGUACGCCACGGUCGAGCAGUGGGAGCCCGGGGUCUCGACCAACCAGUGCAAAGAAGACAUCUUCGGUUUUUCCGACAAAUGCUGUAGCUGGAGCUGAGCCCUCAGCGGCAUUCAACGAUGUGCCAAUUGCAGAGAAAUUGAAUCUUUUUGUGAGUAAAUUGAAUCUUUGCUGCACAGUUUUCGAUUUCAAUGACCCAAGUAAGAAUUCUAUAGAGAAGGACGUCAAACGUCAAACGUUGAUAGAACUUGUUGAUUUUAUGGUUUCGGGGCCUCCUAGGUUUACGGAACCUGUGAUUGCCGCAAUGUGUAAAAUGUGUGCUACUAACCUUUUUAGGGUUUUCCCCCCUAAUUAUCGAUCUAAUUCUCUUGGUGGUGAGAAUGAUGAUGACGAACCAACAUUCAAUCCAGCGUGGUCGCAUUUACAACUUGUGUAUGAUUUAUUGCUUAAAUUUGUUACUUCAUCGUGUCUGGAUGCGAAGGUAGCCAAAAAGUAUAUAGACCAUUCAUUUAUCUUGAGGUUGCUUGACCUGUUUGAUACCGAGGACCCAAGAGAAAGAGAAUGUUUGAAAACUGUUCUGCAUAGGAUUUAUGGCAAGUUCAUGGUUCACAGGCCUUUUAUCAGGAAGUCCAUGAGCAAUAUAUUCUAUCGUUUUGUGUUUGAGACAGAACGAAAUAAUGGUAUUGCUGAGAUGCUGGAGAUUUUUGGGAGUGUAAUUAGUGGGUUUGCAUUACCUCUGAAGGAGGAGCACAAGAUCUUCCUGUGGAGAGCUUUGAUUCCUCUGCACAAGCCAAAAUCUGUGGGAGUUUAUUUUCAGCAAUUGUCCUACUGUGUUACACAAUUUAUAGAGAAGGAGCCAAAGUUAGCCAGCAGCGUGAUAAAGGGUUUGUUGAGAUACUGGCCAAUAACAAAUAGCCAGAAGGAAGUAAUGUUUCUGGGUGAGUUAGAAGAGAUACUAGAAGCAAUUAACAUGGUGGAAUUCCAAAAGAUCAUGGUUCCAUUAUUCUGGCGGAUUGGAUGCUGCAUCAACAGUUUCCAUUUUCAGGUGGCCGAAAGGGCCCUUUUCUUAUGGAACAAUGAUCAGAUUGUAAACCUGAUUGCACAUAACCGACAAGUUCUCAUUCCAGUUAUAUUCCCGGCUUUAGAAAGAAAUGCCCAAAGCCAUUGGAAUCAAGCAGUGCUCAACUUAUCUCUAAAUGUGAGAAAGAUGUUAUCAGAGAUGGAUGAUGAACUAUUCUUAGCCUGCCAUGCCCGGUUUAAGGAGGAAGAAAGCAGGCUAAGCCUGGAAGCACAAAAGCGGAAGGAGAAAUGGGAACAACUAGAGAAUGAAGCCAGCCUUCAGCCAGUGAGUGGAAACACUGCUGUUCUAGUAACUCCUUUAGCAACCUCGAUUACUUGUUAAGCAGCAUUUUCAAACUGUUGCUGCCUGGCUUUUUUGUCUUUUUCCUUUUUUCUUUUUCCUAUUUCCUUAUGACAGUGGGAGGCCAGAAGAGGUACAAGGAAAUGGAUGUUGUUUUGGAGGUGGGGCUUUUCUUUUUUUUUUUCUCCCCUUUGGAUAGUCCUAUGAAGCCAGCUGUUGUAACUCGUUUUGUACUAUUACCACUGAAGGGAGUGAUAUUUGCUUCCUCGGCAAGGUUAUUGAAGAGGCUGUGCUGCUAACAUUUCUUGUGGA